AUGCGACGAAUUAAUCUAAUCAUAACGACAGUUUUUGCAAUUUUCUUAAUUUUCCACACAACAGAAGCACGAUUCGAACGAGUUGGAUUUGUGAGUGAUCCGGUGAAACUGCUACUCCAAGACAGUUAUUCUUCUCUGAAGAAUAGAAUGUAUAGUCAGAAGUUGGCUGGUUGGAAGAAACCGACUUCUUUCAGACAGAUCCGCAAACGUAAAUACACUGCGUUCCCACCGACAUUCUACAGUAGUUUCGACAUUGGAGCAAUCCCAUUCAACAGCCGUCGAAGUGUUCUUCUGCCGUACAACGACUUACUCUUUUCCGGGAGAAAGUGA